AUGGCCGCCGACGAUAAGAUAGACCCAAAUUCUCCGAGGACCGCCAUCAACGGCGCGCCCGUCUCGAUCGAUUCGCAGACGAAAUCCUCGCUUCCCGUCCCCAAAAAUCCACAGGCCGCGAAGCCCGACGACGAUGUCACGACUCGCAUCUUUCAGUUCCUCUCCACUGCCACGCCGGGCACCUUAUCCGGCAUCGCCGUCGGCCUUGCUGCCGUCACCUACUUUGUCCUCGGCCAGAUCGGCCUGCUCUUGAUCGGUGCCUUUGGGGGCGUUGCGCUGUAUGUACACUGGGAAGCCUCGAACCCCGAUUAUGCGAGAGCGGUUCGUGGAGAGAAUGGCGUAGACAUCGUCACAAGAUUGCUGGGCGAGAAAAAUGCUCUGAGGGAUGUGGACGCAGACCGAAAGGCGACGGAAGACGAUGAGGCCAUAUUCCUUGCCCAAAGCUUUGCAGACUUCCAGCCUGAGACCCAAGAAGCCCUCAAUGGCCUUGUUGAUGCUGUGAUCAGGGAUUAUGUGAAAUGGUGGUAUGAUCCGAUCGUUCCGUCUGACAGGUCGUUCCCUCUGUCUUGCCGCAGAGUCUUGACCUCGUUCCUCGUUUCUAUUGGGAAUUGUUUGGGCAAGAAGAGACCAGCCGACAGCUUCCUCGAUUUCCUGACAAACACUUCGUCGAUCGUCAUCGUCUUCUUCUCCGAGCUAUCACAAGCCUUCGCCGAUCUACCUCCAGACUCUACCAUGACCGCUGCCGAUGCCGUCUACAACUACCUCGCUUCAAACCCCGACUCAAAUCUGUCGCACCUGUUGAGUCAAAGACACCAGGCUUCUAAGUUCAAGUCUGUGGCUGAUGACCUGCUGGGGUUCCUCGACAGACCAACACAUGAUUGCGACCCGGCGAAGACAUUCCUGCGCGAGAUUCUCGCCAGCGUUAUCCUGGAAAUGUCCCUCCAGACAUGCUCCAAGGCUGAGUGGAUAAACGGCUGGAUAGUCUACCUUCUCGAAGCCGGGGAGCCUGAUUUCAGCCAAGCUAUCGACGUCGGAAUGCAGACAGGCCCGGAGGCGAACAAUGCCGUGUUCGCCGACAUGGAUGGCAAUGUCGGAAACAUCGGCCUGACCAAGGGGAAUCGCAACUCGCUCGAACUAGAGAAGGCACGCCGCAGGGAACCCGCCCAGGCCCACAAAAAGAAGCUCAGCAAGGCGGAUGAAGAGAUGGAGGUAUUGGAAGAGAUGAAACGGAUGAACCAGAUGCUUCUCGACGAGGAUGCGCGCAGGUCCAAGGACUUCCGGGCAUUUCAGGAGGGCAAGGAAUCGCAGGCUUCUAAAGCGGAGGUCUCUCAGCGAUUGGCGGAUGCCCUUCAGAGGAACGCUGACGAACUUGACAUUCAGUCAAAGCCUGCAGUUGUCCCGAAGCCUGCUCCAGACAACACAGACACACCAGCUGCAAGUGUUUCGGGUCUUGCUUCCUCAGACAAGGCCACAUCAAAUUCGAGUGAAGGACGACCCAGCAAAGAGCUUCCGCCGACACCUCAAAGCAUAGACUCCCGCAGCCCGAAAGGGGCUACGCAACAUGGCCACCAGCAGUCAUUCACUAGCUUCGACCAGAUUGUUCCCCCGAGCCAGGAUGACAGCGACCAGAGCGAUGCAGACCCGAAGACAGUCACGCCGCUCACCCUGCACAACGCCAAGAUAACUAUAUACGAUGACGGAACAGUUGACAAGAAUCGAAUUAAGACAAAGCCUACGUGGGACUACCUGAUUCAAAUAGAACCGUCAUCAUCGCACUACUCUGGAUGGAUGAUUGUUCGACAAUACUUCGAUUUCGAAAAGCUACACGAGGUUCUUCGCAGGAUAGCGACAAUCUCAGGCAUCACCGCAUUCACGGAGCAACACAAAGAGCUACCACAGUUCAAGGUUCAUACGCGUGAAUCCCUUCGUGGUGAGCUGGAGCGCUACCUUCGCGACGCGUGCUGGUAUAAGGCCCUCGCAGAGAGUGAAGGAAUGAAGAGAUUCCUGGACAAGGACCAGGGCCACACCCGGACGGAAUCGAAGUCCGGCUUCCAGGCGGUCGAGAGCUUUGGCAAGAAUGUGUUUGGUGCCUUGGCAAGCGCGCCAAAAGGAGUAGCUGAGGGUGGGAAGGUGAUCGCAGGUGGCGUGACUGGGGUCUUUGGGAAUUUCGGAUUGUCGAGAAAGCCAACGACCCAAUCCUUACCCGAGACUGCAGCCAACGGCAACUCUAAUCGGCUCUCUGUUUCCACGCCGCCUCGAGUCGACAGUUCCCUUGCGAUCAAUACGCUGAACGGCCCGCGGAAACCAAGAGACAGCUUGGACAGUCAACGAUCUUCUAUCAUAGCCACACAGCCUGGGAAGAUGCCUCCCAUGGAACGUCGCCCAAGCUAUCAGUCACAGGGCGAACCGGACAGCGAGAACCCACAGCUAGCUCGAUCAGACCGUUGGGACAGGGCUUCACCAAGCGCGUUGAGCAGCAAGGCUAACAGCCGGGCGUCCAGUAUCGCGCCACUUCGCUCACCUCUCAAAUCUCCCUCAACACUUAGUCUCGAUGCGCUUCGACUUCCUCCGCCUCCCGAUGCGAUGCCUGAUGACUGGGGCUCACCCGUCAGUCCCCAGGUAUCUCGGUCUCAGGAGAACAUUCUGGAUUUGACUUCGCAGGGCAAAAGGACACCGAAUGGGGGAUCUAGGCAACCUAGGCCGACGAGGCAACACUCGAAAAUCACCGAGCAAGAGACGAGAGUUGCUGUUGAGCUUGUAUUCGCCAUCAUCAACGAGCUCUACUCCCUCUCCUCAGCCUGGAACUUCCGCCGCACGCUGCUUGCUGCGGCGAAGUCGUUCCUGCUGCGUCCGGGCAACCCGUCACUAGUGUCUAUCCAAAAGAUGAUUCAGGAUUCAGUGAUCGAGGCAAAUUCGUCUGAUGAAGGCAUUGCCGCCCAUUUGCGCAAGAUGCGAGAGAACACGCUACCGACAGAGGAAGAGCUGAAGGCUUGGCCGCCGGAGUCAAGCCAGGAGGAGAAGGAUAAGCUCCGAGAAAAAGCCCGCCGCCUCCUCAUUCAAAGUGGAGUUCCUGCUGCCCUGUCUGGCGUUAUGGGGCAGAAUGCCACCAACGAAGCCCUGGGCCGCAUAUUCGACUGCCUGCAGAUCGAAGAGGUGGCAAGAGGACUCAUGUUUGGAAUCAUGCUCCAAGGCAUGCGGGUCAUUACGCAUUAA